CAGCCGUGAGGCUGGGAUCGUGAGGGUAGCCGGCACUGCAGGAAACUCUGGAGCUGACAGAGAGACAGAAAGAAACAGGUCCUAGACUGAACCCCUCCUCCCCACCUUAAUAUGAGGUGGCCAGGAGUUGUUGGCCCCACAGCCUUCCUCUAUCGGGGGCUUCUCAUUACCCUCUUCCUAUGGGAAGCAACUGGAGAAAGCAAGCAGCCAGAAAGCCAGGUGUGCUCCCGCCAUGUCUUGCGAAUCCCUCUAGUCUACAAUGAGACAUAUGCCAAGCCUCAGCAUCAACCCUACCUGACACUGUGCCCUGGGCCUCGGGUCUGCAGCACCUACAGGACGACAUACCGGGUGGCCACGCGGCAGGUGAAGAAGGAGAUCCUGCAAGGCAGUGUGAUCUGCUGCCAAGGAUGGAAGAAACGGCAUGUGGGAGACCAGAAGUGUGAGGAAGCUGUCUGCCACAAACCAUGUCAGAAUGGAGGCACCUGUGUUCAGCCAAACCAGUGUCAAUGCCAGCCGGGCUGGGGGGGACGGUACUGCCAUGUUGAUUUGGACGAGUGCCGGGCACCUGUUUCCCUCUGUGCACAGCACUGCGUUAACACCCCAGGGAGCUAUUAUUGCCAGUGUGACCCCGGCUAUACUCUGGGUCCAGAUGGCAAAAGCUGCAUUCUGCUUCCUACAGCCCAGGCUGCACCUGGGCCCAGCAGCAAAGGGGUGCGUGUUUGGAGAGACAAAGGUGCUGAGGAUUGGGGAUCCAAGGAGGCAGAAGAGCAAAGACUGGGGCCUAUUUCUCAUGGCAAACCCACAGAACAAACGUCAGCGAUGCAGGAGAAGAUCUCCAAUGAAGUCCAGGAACUUCAAGUGAAGCUACAGCAGCUAGAAAAGCGCCUGGAUCGUGCAAUUUCUGCCCUGCCACCCUCCCUGGAACCAACCCAACUGAAAGAGUUGUGGAGCCGCCUUCAAUACCUUGACCAGGUGGAAUCGCUCAGUGACCAGCUCCUGUUUCUUGAAGAGAAACUGGGGGAUUGUGCCUGUCAGAAUGGCAAAAAUGGCUUUGGCUACGAUAUCGCCCGGUGAUGUCAGGACUCAAAGUAGAAUUUGGGGUAACCCCCCCCCCCCGCCUUUCUUGAUGACUCCUAACCAUACUGGUAGUGGCUGCUGGGCCCUCCCAUUAAUAUCUGGCCCUUAUUUAUGCUAAAUGAGCACAAAUGGUAAUUCCUUCAAAGCAAGGUUCAAAGAGCAAGAGGGCAGUCUCAGGUGACUCAACUAGCAUUGGGCAUGCUGGGCACAAGUUUCUGAGUCACACAGGAUUCUUUGGGGAGCAUUCAAGGCCAAGCAAGACAUCAGGCACAUACAAGACAAUAUGAAAGCAAUUUUAAGACCUUUUUAGUUCAAUAAGGGACAGGUGAACUCUCCCAAUUGAAAUCAAGGGUACUUAAAACUGUUUAGCUAGGGUCUGACCAUUCUCAUUUUUUCAAAAAAAAAAUCAAUAAAAGUAAUGUGGCCUGUCCAGAUGGUAAUUUUGCUAGUAUCUUAAUACAUCAAAAAGAGCAGUUCCUGCUAGGAAAGAUGGAAAGCAGGAGGAAGUCGUCCACCAGUUUGCAAGAUCUGAGCAAGGCUGUUAAUGAUGGGGUGUUCUGGAGGUCUUUCAUAGGGUCACCAUAUGUCAGAAGCGACUUGAUGGCACACAACACAUACAAAUUCCCAUGCCAAAGUCCAUCGUUGAUAUUUCUUCGCUAGCCCCCCCCCCCCCAAUUUUUGUUUUCA